GUCGCCAUGGUCGGCGAGUACGUCGGCACCUGCCUGUUCAUGAUCUUUGCGCUCGGCGGCACCAACAUCACCGGCGACACGCAGGCCGGGCAGGACGGCACCGCUGCGUCGACGCCCAACACCUCGAACCUCCUCUACAUCGCCCUCUCGUUCGGCUUCUCCCUCGCCGUCUGCGCCUGGAUCUUUUUCCGCGUCUCGGGCGGCCUCUUCAACCCUGCCGUGUCCCUCGGCAUGUUCCUCGUCGGCGUCCUGACGCCGCUGCGCGCCGUCCUCCUCACGAUCUCGCAAAUCCUCGGCGGCAUCACCGGCUCGGCCAUCAUCCAGGCGCUUCUCCCCGGCACGCUCAACGUGCGCACGACGCUGAUACCUGGCAUGUCGGUUGUGCGAGGGCUCUUCCUCGAGAUGUUCCUGACGGCCAUGCUCAUGAUCACCAUCCUCCUCCUCGCCGCCGAGAAGACCAAGGCCACCUUCCUCGCCCCGAUCGGCAUCGGCCUAGCGCUCUUCAUCGCCGAGCUCCUUGGCGUCUACUACACGGGCGGCUCGCUCAACCCGGCUCGGUCGUUCGGCCCGUCGGUCGUCCUGCACGACUUUGACACGUAUCACUGGAUCUACUGGCUCGGUCCUGCCAUGGGCGCGACGCUCGCCGCCGGCUUCUACAAGUUCAUCAAG